CUCUAUUUACUGGUAGUGCAUUGCCGUUUCUUAGCUUAUAGUGUUUAUUAAUCCAUUCCACAAUAAGUUUCAUCCCGAGAAUAUUUUCAACUAAGGAUUUCUUAAACCGGAAGAAUUCGAACCCAGUUAGUAAUCGCGCAAAAUAUUUUUGAGCUAGGAAGGUAUAUUUUCUGUUUCUAUACAUGUAGAUGCAGUGGUAAAAGAAGUAGUAACUUAUUUGCCAAACAAUAAUAAGACUAACAUUAGUGCGGGAAUGGCCACGGGAACUCAGCCGGCUCAUUUAGUAGUCGAACAGUUCGGAACGGUUCGGCGCAUCACAAUCAACAAUCCCCGCAAGAAGAAUGCCCUCAAUCUGCAGGCGUACGGUGAUUUGACGGAUCUGCUGAACGCCGCCGAUCGGGAUGAUUCGGUCUCGGUGGUUGUCCUGAUGGGGGCGGGCGAUUUCUACAGUUCCGGCAACGACAUCAGCGCAAUAUUAACCAGCAGUCAAUCGGUGGAAGAACGACUUGAAACAUCCAAUGGGAAGCUGUCCAACAUGGUGAAGGCUUUCUACAGCUUCAGUAAGCUUCUCAUAGGGGUGGUGAAUGGGCCGGCUAUUGGUAUCGCGGCCACCACGGUGAUACUUUGCGACGUUUUGUAUAUGGUUGAAACGGGCUACUUUUACACGCCGUUCUCGGCUCUGGGACUUUGCGCUGAAGGAUGUUCGUCCUAUACGUUCCCCAAGCUGAUGGGUCGUAGCAAAGCAUCGGAAAUGCUGCUGCUGAACCACCGAAUGAGUGCCCAGGAAGCUCUCCAGUUCCAAGUAGUGAGUGAAUUAUUCAAAUCGGAGGACUUCGAAACAAAGCUGUGGCCUCGAAUUCUGAAAUACGGGGAACUUCCGAUAGGAUCAAUCAAGGCUACCAAACAGCUGAUGAAGCGAUUCGAGAUCGAGGAGCUUCAGAAGGCUAACCAGAGAGAAUUGGAGGCAUUGGCUCAACGUUGGCAAACUGAGGAAGCUGUACAAGCUGUAAUGAAUUUUAUGACCAGAAAGAGUAAGAUGUAAUUUUGAACACUGGGUAAUUAAAGUUUGUUGGACGCAUUUUAAUAAA